UUAAGCGAAUUAUGAUUCAAAAGAUAUAGGUAACCGAAAGUUGCUGUAUUAUUUUCAAAACAAAACCUGACGGCAAUUUUGUUUGUGUUUCAAGAACAAUACUCAUGAAAAUAGUAGUUUUACAAUGUUUGCUGUUAUAAAUAUUAUAAAAAAUUAUUGUAAACUUCUAGAAAUUCUUUUACAGAUGUAAAAUUUAUAAAAAAAACUUCGGAAAUAUAACUACGCCUACGUUGUUUUCAUUAUGAACUAAAGAAAAACUACAUUAUUGUAUUAAAAUGAUUAUAAGAUGUGGUUUUUCCAAGCGGAAAAUAAAGUAUAUUGCGUCCAUAACAUUCUUAUUUAUAUUAAUCGUUGUAUCUGUUAUAAAGUUUAAUAAGAAAAUUAUUUCAAAUAUAAAAAACUAUUUAGCUGGAGAUAUAGUAGAUUUUACAUUUGCAAAUAAUGUGACUGGUUAUGAUUAUCCUAUCGUGCCAAACAUUGUUCACUAUGUUAAUUUUGAUACGAAGGAUUUGAAUUUUAUACAAGUUAUAAGUAUCAAAGCGGUAGUAAGAAACAGUGCCCCUGAAAAGAUUUUUAUACACUGCAAUUGUUACUCCCUGUUUGGGAAGUAUUGGGAUAUGGUGAAAAACAUUUCUAUUCUUGAAAUAAAGUACAAAAAUAAACCAACACAUGUAUUUGGCAAGCUUUUAAGUUCAGUAUUUCAUGCAUCAGAUAUCGCUAGACUUCAAAUUUUAAUGACUUACGGAGGAAUAUUUUUAGAUUCAGAUACUUAUGUCAUUAAAUCUUUAAAUUAUUAUAGAAGAUUUGAAAUGGCAUUAGGCUGGCCGCCAGAUCAGAAUCUUGGCACUCAACUUCUGGUUGCUCAUAAAAAUGCUAGAUUUCUGCGUUUAUGGUUCAACUCUUACCGUUAUUACCGGAGGGAACGUUGGUAUUAUAAUGCUGGUGAGCUACCUACUACAUUCAUUCUAGAGCGCAUGCCAUAUCUGGUCCAUAGAGUACUAUAUGAUUUUGGCAUUCAUAAUCUCGUCCAAAUGCUAUAUGGCGUGAGAAGUCGAGAAUGGAAAGACUUUCAUGCCAUACAUUUAUUAGUGAGACACAAAAAUUAUCUUUUGCCCGGUGAUACAGUGACAGAGUUUAAUGAAGAAAAUAUUAAACAUUACAAUAAAACUUUUGGUGAUAUGGCUAGAUUAGUUUUAUAUGGAUCUGAAAAAUUAUUUUAAAUUGUAUGUUAUAUACAUUGAUGUAUUUUUAUAUUUUAUUAAAAUAUUUUUCUAGAA